UUCUGGUAUUCUUGGACUUUUGGUUUUACUGUCUAUAGUUCCAUCGUUGUUUACCAUUAUGUCUUCUCCAAUUACAACAGGUACAGUUUGUCCAUCAGUAACGUGCCCAACUGGUUAUUCCAAGCUUGAUGACCAACGAAUCAGUCCUAACUGUUAUUCAUUUGGUGGAAGAAACAUUGCAAGGACUUGGCAUUCUGCUGAUGCCGUAUGUACCAGUACUAAUGGAGCUCAUCUCUUAGUACCUGAUAGUCAAGAUGAGAUGGAAGCUCUCAGAAAGAAAUUUGGCAUCGGUGACAACGACGGUGACGUUUGGACUGGUGCCAACGAUUUAAGGAGUUCCGGGAACUUUAUGUUUAAAGUAAACAACAAAAUGUUUAACUUCAACGCUCUGCCAUUUGGAGUAGAAAAUGAAUCGGACAUGCGUGGUAGCUGUGUAGAAAUAGAUCUUAACAGUGACGGUGUUUGGGGUUGGGAAGCUGAUGAUUGUGCAGAUCUGGAGUUCUAUGUUUGCGAGUUACCAGUAGUAUGCAAUGCUGGUCUCAUUGGUUAGGAUUCUGAUUCUUGUUUAGUCAACUUGGAUGGAUUGUUUUUAUGCGUUGACGAAGGUGUGAAAUAAAUAAACAAACGACUUUAAUUGUAUUCAGGCGAUGACAAAAGUGUGAAAUAAAUAAACCAACGACUGAUAUUG